UCCAGAAUCCCCUUACUAUUAAAGAGAUUCCUGAAAUGAUGUCAAACCAUGACCACAUCCUUACUUGACCCUUCUCCUUCCUUCAUUAUUACAAUUUCUUUUUAAGACCAGUUCUUCUGGUUCCAUUGUUCAACAAUUCAGAGUUAUGGGAGAUGAUGCGGCGAUUGAUCAAUUACCCAUAGACGUACUGGUCCACAUCUUCUUGUUGAUCAAUUCCUUCACCGAUUUGGCACAGUGUAUGUGUUUGUUUUGCAGAGCAAGCAGUGUAUGCAAGAAAUGGAAGCAGGGGGUGAAGCAGUCAAUUGGGCGGAGGCAGAGCCUGAGCUUUGCUGGUUGGAAGAUGGACGAUGCUUCCACUGCCCGUCUCCUGCGUCUCGCUUACUCACUUAAGGAGCUCAACAUUUCCAGGGGACGAUGGGGUUGUCAAAUAAGUGACAGGGGAUUGGAGGACAUAUCUUCGGCUAAGUGUGUCAGCAACCUGACAUACAUAUCCCUUUGGGGUAUGACAGGGAUCACAGACAAGGGUGUUGUUCAUUUGACAUCAAGAGCUAAUUCCCUGCAACACCUGAACAUUGGGGGUACAUUCAUCACUGAUGCAUCUCUGUUUGCAAUUGCAGACAACUGUCCAUAUCUAAAGAGUGUAAUACUAUGGAGCUGUCGACAUGUAACUACCGAUGGGGUCCUUGUUCUUGUAAGCAAAUGUCGCAAGCUUGAAUCCAUCAAUAUAUGGGGAACCAGAAUUCCUGUAGACUGCUGCAUAGCUAUGCUCGCCAUUCGUCCGUCUCUUAAUAUUAAGCUUGGAGGAUUGCUGUAGAAAAUUCACAAGGCAGAAGCUUUUCUUGUGGCCAAUUAUACAUGGUUAUGAUCGAUUGCAUUCAUUUAUCCUUUUGUACAUAUUGAUUUCCAUCAUUUCAAGUGCCUCUCUGUUGCACACAGGAACUUCACAAUGUAAGGUGUGGCUGCAAUUGCAUCAUGCAGCUAGUUACAUUCUUUGUUGAUUUGUAUAUCCUAUCUUCUGAUAAUAAUGAGACUCACAAGUUUCAUUC